CCAACUUGUCUCAAAGCCUCCUCCUAUCUUCAUGUCUCUGUGCUCAUGGUGAGUCUCUUCCAUUCGCUUCACUUCGCCCCUUCCGUCUUCAUCUGUUCCGCCUUCCAGUGGCAGCACUGCUUGAUAAACUCUUUGUAGUCGAUUCGUUCCUCUUCCGCCUCACCUGUCUCCUCACACAGUCUCUCAAAUGUACCCUGAAUCAUUGAGAGGAGAAACCGAGAAAAGGUCAUCCCCUUUCGACGUGGAAAGCAGCUUUACUUGAGACAUCCGCAGUGUCUCUCCUGCCGCUGUGUCGACAGCGUCUUUAAGCAAUUCAGGGCUCAACGUGCCCGACUGGUCCUCGUCUUUUUCCGUGCACGUCUGCAGGACAUCAAGAUGACUGCCCAUGCCUGCUCUUAUCAUGUGCAAACUCACGUCUAUCAGCGUUUGGUAUCGCUGUUUGAUAAACUCCCAGGUCUCUUCCUCGCCCUCCGCCUCGACCUAUAUUCGUAUGCAGUCCAGUCAGCGAAGGCCCUCCAACGCUUAGCUUGACUUGCUGACCUCUUCGCCACCAGUAUCAUCCCCCGGCUGCUCACCCCCCUCCCACUGCUCCUCUUCUUCCUCUUCAAGCACCUGAUGCUUGAAUUGAACUCUGCUCUCCUGCCUCCGCGGUGCCUCCUUGCGUGGCGAGCGAGGUGAUAGGCUCUCUGCUGACCGCCGCCUCGUAGGUGACCGCUUCUCUUUUGCAAGCGCUUCGAAUUCAUGCCAUGGAGCGCCAGCAAAGCCCAACUGAGAGAUGAAUGGACUGUGCGACGACUCUGGAUCGACUGUGAAGUUGCUCACUGGCUUGGUAGGCUUGCGCUGUCUUGGGUAUGUCUGCGUUGACUGCGAGUCUUGUGGGCUCGUGUCACCUCUUGAUGGAGGCACACGAGGGGCAUAGCGAGACAAAGUGCGAAGCUUCUGCCGCAGAUCCUGAGACCAAUGAAUGCACAGGGACCUUCAAGGCGCAUCUGUCUUCCAUAAUUUGCUCACUCUGAUGGCAUCGGGAUGACUCGGGUGGCACUGAAAGACCCGCAGGGAGGCCUUGUAGUAUUCACUAGCGUCGUGAAAUCGCCGCUGGACCACGCAGACUGUUCCGAGAGCCUUCAGCGUACGACCCACGGCCACUGACAGCUCCCCGAAGAGAUGUCUCUCUAGUUCCAGCACAUCUGCACAAGCAACAACAUAGAAAACAAAAGUCUAUCCUUCUGUGGAUAUCUCCCUGUUGAGCACCUUUGAGCGAGUUGAAGGCCAAAUCGUGUCUGUCCGCCUUGCAUUGCAGCAAAGCCAGGUUGCGCAUGCCCUUGAUAGUGUUUGGGUGCUCAUGUCCCAGCACCUCCGUCGCUAUUCCAGCUGCAGACCUGCAGCAAAGGCCAAAGGAGACUGCAAGAUUCCUGAAUCCAUAAUCCUUACUCGAGAAGGUCCAUGGCUUCUUCCGUGUCUCCCUUGGCAUGCAUCCACUCGCUCAGGCGAAAGGCGGACUCAAUGAGCAGGGCCGAUGACGGGCUGCUCUCCUCAAGCGUCUCCACGGCCCGACGAAUCAAAGCUGCGGUCGACACACAUGUGCUGUCAUCAGCUGGGGAUCGAGCCCGUGUCUCCUGGCGGUAUACUUACCGAUGGCAUCAUCUUUCUGUCCCGACGCCCAUUGUGUCUCUGCCAUUCGCAGCCACACUUCCACGGUGCCCUCAUGUUGAAGCCCCAGCAUGUCUUCGCGGAUCUCCCAUGCCUAGAGAAACAGUGAACAUUCGGCUGCCCGACGGAUCCUUUCAGGGGACGACGUCCUACAGCUGAGAGGUGGUCGAGUGCUGUGUCCCAAUUCUUCAGCUCGAUGGCGGCGAGAGCAAGCCACACCUGAAGCUGAGGAAAGAGCGAGAAGCGCGCCACACACAUACAAUGCGCAGGACGGAAGACAUGCGUCUACCUUGGCGUAAUAAAGGUUGCUUUCGCCAUGCACGCCGACACAUAAACGCGCCGCAGCACUCAGCUUCUGUACACGUCAUCCAAUGGCAGCCCACGAUAGGCGUCUCUUUUCUUUCGGUGCCAUGCGCUCACUUUGGUGGCCGCUGAGACGUUCUGUUCGUGAAUCAGGAGGAGGUAGGCGGUGCUCCCAUUGAGCUCCGUCAUCAAGCGGUCUCUGUCGAGCGAGGACCGCAACUUGGACACGACUGAUUGGGCCUGGCGGAAGAGAAAGACAGACAGGCAGACAACAAGAGAGACAGGCAGACAACAAGAGAGACAGGCAGAUGUACCCGCCCUGUCGGAUCCUUCUGCUACAUCUUUCAGAUGAUGACGGGCCUGUUCCGGGUAGCCCCCGCGGAUGUAGGCCUCACUGCAAAGAGAAAGCAGCGGACGCGGUGCGCGGCGUCUCUGAGUGUGGUCUCUCACUCACGCCAAUCUGCAUGACGCAAGUCCCAUGUUCGUGGGCGGAUGUUGAAAGGCAUCGACCAGCAUCUUGCACACCGCCAUCUCCCGUAUCCGCACCUCAAUGAGCCGCUCAGCGUCGUCGAGCAGUUCCAAAGUCGCUGCUGUCUGCUCGAGAUGCUCGAGCUUCUCCCACGGCGUUGGCAGCGGCGGCUCCUCUGGCUCGUCUGCCGUGUCACGCGCAGCUGCUUUCUCUGCUGCAGUGGGCGAGUUGUCGUCCUCUAGAACACCCGACAAUGUCGACAACAUUUUCG